AUGACUAUCCAAAUUGAGCCCUCCGAGUUGGGCUUCAAGCGACCCUUCAACCAUGAAGUGUGCCAGGUACUUCGCUUGAGUAACCCGAACGAGGAAUCCGUGGUCUUCAAGGUCAAAACUACCGCUCCUAAGCACUAUUGUGUACGACCCAACUCUGGCCACAUUGAGCCGGGCAAGACGGUCGAAGUCCAAGUGUUGCUUCAGGCUAUGAAGGAGGACCCUGCUGCAGAUGCCAAGUGCAAGGACAAGUUCCUGGUCCAGGCCGUCCCAGUCUCCCGCAGUUUGGAGGAUGCCAGCGUUGCCCAGAUUUUCGACCAAACUGCCAAGGCCGACGUAGUUGAGCGCAAGAUUCGAGUUGUCUUCCUGCCAACAGAUGCCACUUCCAACGACUCGGUCCAUCAUGAGGAACUUCCAGCGCACCCUUCUCCUGGCGGCGCAAACUUCCAGACCCCGGCUCCGAAGAAGAUCGACUCCGAUGAAACCUCCCCAAUCCCUGCUCCCGAUUUCUCCGAGAAGCCCCAGUCUCCGCAGCAAGAGCCCGCACCCGCCAUUUCAAACGCCAAAUCCUCUAUUGCUAAUGCUCUUCCGUCAAGCGAAGAACUCAAGUCCCAGCUGUCUGAAGCCAACGUACAGAUCCAGCGACUGAAGGACCGACUCGCGGAACAAGGACUGCGGCAGCGGAAGACUGGCGGAGAGACUGCCGGCACGGCUGUGCCUGCCGCCAUGCAGCAGUCACAUGUGCCAGCAGCUAGUGGAGUCUCGAUCCAGAACGUAGCAUGCCUCUGCUUGCUCAGCUUCUUGAUCGCAUACUUCUUCUUCUAG